AAUGGCAUUGAAACAGAUAUCCAGCAACAAGUGCUUUGGGGGCUUACAGAAAGUGUUUGAACAUGACAGUGUUGAACUGAACUGCAAAAUGAAAUUUGCUGUCUAUUUACCACCAAAGGCAGAAACUGGAAAAUGCCCUGCACUGUAUUGGCUGUCUGGCUUGACUUGCACAGAACAGAAUUUUAUAUCAAAAUCUGGUUAUCAUCAGGCAGCCUCAGAACAUGGCCUUAUUGUCAUUGCUCCAGAUACCAGCCCUCGUGGCUGCAGUAUUCAAGGAGAAGAUGACAGCUGGGACUUUGGCACUGGUGCGGGCUUUUAUGUGGAUGCCACUGAAAAUCCUUGGAAAACGCACUACAGAAUGUACUCUUACAUAACACAAGAGCUUCCUACACUCAUAAAUGCCAGUUUUCCAGUGGAUCCCCAAAGAAUGUCUAUUUUUGGCCAUUCCAUGGGAGGUCAUGGAGCUCUGAUUUGUGCUUUGAAGAAUCCUGGAAAAUACAAAUCCGUUUCAGCAUUUGCUCCAAUUUGCAACCCAGUGCUCUGUCCUUGGGGCAAAAAAGCCUUUGGUGGAUAUUUGGGGUCAGAUCAAAGUAAGUGGAAGGCUUAUGAUGCUACCCAUCUUGUGAAGUCCUAUCCAGGUUCUCAGUUGGACAUACUGAUUGAUCAAGGAAAAGAUGACCAGUUCCUUGCAGAUGGCCAGUUACUUCCCGAUAACUUCAUAGCUGCCUGCACAGAAAAGAAAAUCCCUGUUGUUUUUAGAUUGCAAGAGGGUUAUGAUCACAGCUACUAUUUCAUUGCAACCUUCAUUAGUGAUCACAUCCGACACCAUGCAAAAUACCUGAAUGCUUGAAGAGCUAGAAGCACUUCAGAAUCAUAAAUGUUCUAA